CUCUCCCACUCCAACCUCAAGCCGCGGCCGCCAACCCUCGUCGGCGCGCGCAAAACCCUAGCCCCUCCCCGCUUCCGCCGCACGAUCCACCCCCACCUUGCGAGGCGAACGAAGGAACCCGCUCCGGCUCCGGCAGCGAGAAUGGGGCUGGACAAGACCCGGAGGCUCUCCGGCAGCCGCCACUUCCGGCAGCGGCUGGUGCUGGCGACGCUGACCUCCACCGCCGUCACCAUCGAGGACAUCCGCUCCGGGGACGCCGCGCCGGGCCUCCGCCCGUACGAGGUCUCCCUUCUCCGCCUCCUUGACAAGAUCUCCGACCACCACAACCUCGACCUCAACGAGACAGGGACGAAGCUGAGGUACAAGCCGGGGGUGAUUGUAGGGGGAAAGGGCCUGGAGCACGACUGUGGGGUGCACCGGGGGAUCGGCUACUUCCUAGAGCCGCUCAUACUGCUUGGUCUCUUCGCCAGGGCGCCCAUAUCGGUUCGGCUCAAAGGAAUCACCAAUGAUACGAAGGACCCUUCCGUUGACACUUUCCGAAUGACUACCCUGCAUAUGCUCAAGCAUUUUGGUGUUCCUCUGGAAGGGUUGGAGCUAAAAAUUGACAGCCGGGGAUCUCCUCCUCUUGGUGGUGGUGAAGUGUUUCUCCGGGUUCCCAAUAUAAAUAGUACACUAACGGCAGCAAACUGGGUUGAUGAAGGUAUGGUGAAGAGGAUACGGGGUGUUUCAUUCUCCACUAGAGUGUCUCCGCAGAUUGAACAUCGCAUUAUCUAUGCUGCACGUGGGAUUUUCAAUCGAUUCAUUCCUGAUGUUCAUAUAUUCACUGAUCAUAGAUCUGGUUCUGCUGGUGGGAGGUCAGCAGGCUAUGGUGUAUCUUUAGUUGCUGAGACCACCACAGGCUGUCUGCUCUCUGUUGAUGCCACAGUGAGCUAUCCUAAUGUUGACGAAUUAAAUGAAGAAUCUGAGAAGCCUGAGCUGAUGUCACCAGAGGAUCUUGGCGUUCAAGCUGCAUCAAUGCUACUAGAAGAGGUUGCUCAAGGAGGAGUUGUUGAUUCAACACAUCAGGGCCUUCUGUUUAUCCUGUGUGCUUUAUGCCCACCUGAUGUAUCAAAGGUUCGUGUCGGUCAGUUGACUCCUUAUGCAAUAGAAACGCUUCGAAACAUCAGAGAUUUUCUUGAUGUCAAGUUCAUUAUCAAGCCCGAUCCCAAUUCAAACACCGUUACCUUAAAAUGUGUUGGUGCGGGAGUGAAGAAUCUUGCUCGGAAGAUUUCAUAAGGAACCGGAUCAUGAAGCUCAUCGAAGCUUUAGGGAUACAACAAGACUUCCUAGUGUCCUGCAAAGAAGGGCUGCUUGUAAUUCCAAACCAUAUUGUUGGUCUAGUAGCUAUUGCUGCUGAAAUUUUGUUCGAGGAGCAUGAGAUAUUUAAUUUCUCAGGUUAUGCUGAUCUAAGCUAUUUGUCUGAAGGGAUUUGUCCGAUCAAUUUCUGUAUCAUCAUUGUUUGACUGUAGGUCUGUAGCAAGUAGCAACCGCCAUUCAGUUUCUAUUUGCUGAGACAAGCUGGUACAUGCAAAUGAAAAAGGAUGCAUAUGUUUGGACUU